UUCAGGCAGGCAGCGAGGGAAGGGGAGGGUAAACAGUACUGUGUUUCAGAGGGUAUAGCUAGGCCGCCUGUCUUUCUCUGACCCUAAUUCCAGAUGCAUUCAGCCACAUUAACAACAACUCCUGCAGCCUGGCUGGCUGAGGAACAUGACGGUCUACUGGAAUUGGAGGAAUCCCACUGAAUGAUAAAGAACCUCCUUGUUUACACUGCCACUUAGUGAUAUUUAUUUAUAUUUUAUGUAUUUCAAUUCUAUUUCAAUUUUUAUUCAUUGUUUCUGUGUUGUUAAUACUCCUGAAUAGACAUUCAAUCCAAAUGGAUCUAAGAGCUAAACACAGUCUGGGUCUUCUGGACCAGCUGAGGAAGAUGAGGGAGACAGAGAAGCUGACAGAUGUGGUGUUAGUGGCUGAGGGCAUCAGCUUCCCCUGCCACCGCGUGGUCCUCUCAGCUUUCAGCCCUUACUUCCGGGUUAUGUUCACCUGCGGCCUGCGGGAGUGUAGUACUAGGGAAGUGUUUUUGCGUGACACCCCAGCCGAUAGCCUGGGUCUAUUGUUAAACUACAUGUAUUGUUCUGAGCUCCCGCUCAACAACGCCAAUGUACAGGGGGUCUCGGUCGCUGCCUUCCUCCUGCAGAUGGACGAGGUGUUCAACCACUGCCAGAGCCACAUGAGGGAGAACAUGGACGCCUCCAACUGCCUUGGGGUGUACUACUUUUCCCGCGACCUGGGAGCCGAAGAGCUGGCCGACCAUGCCCAGAGAUACUUGCGGACGCAUUUCGUUCAGGUGUGUAUGAGCGAGGAGAUUCUGGAACUAGAGGCCCACCAACUGGGGGCGCUGCUGAGCUCCGACGACCUCAACGUGUCGCGGGAGGAGACCAUCCUGGACGUGGUGCUGCGCUGGGUCAGGCAGGACACUCCGGGGGAUGGGAUGGAGGACAGGCGGAGUAGACACCUGGUUGAGCUCCUGAGGAAGGUUCGUCUCGCUUUGGUGGCCCCUGACUACUUGAGGGAGACUAUGAAGAGGAAUAUGUCUCUGUUGGCGGAUGCAGAGUGUCUGGAGAUGAUGGAGGAGGCACUGGAGGCCACAGGGAUGCAUCCGGCCUCCUCACCCCGUAAACUGAAGCUCCGCUAUGGGAUGGAGACCACGGAUCUGCUGCUCUGCAUCGGCAACGAGGGUGGGGGGAUCCGAUCACGGUAUGGAAAUUAUUCGGAACGUAGCUUCUGCUACGCUCCCUCCACGGGCCGCACCCACUACAUCACGUCCCCACGCUACGGAGACGUUCUGGGAUUCGUGUGUGCAGGGGUCGUCACCGAAGGCAACGAGAUUGUGGUGGCCGGAGAGGCAGGGGUGAGGAAAAUGGCCAGGCAGACGAACAGGAAUGUGGAGAUAUUCAGGCACAGGGUGGAGGCCCAGGGAACCUGGGAGCACCUGAGCUCAGCAGAGUACCGAGACUCGUACGCUCUGGGGGCGCUGGGUGAUACUAUUUACCUGCUGGGAGGCCAGAUGAAGCUGAAGAACCAGUACCUCAUCACCAACUCUGUGGAGCGCUGGUCCCUGCAGGGUGGGCCCUGGCAUAGCGCCGCCCCGCUACCCAUUCCGCUGGCCUAUCACAGCGUGGUCCGACUGAAGAACCGCCUCUACGUGCUCGGGGGUCGAACUCCACAGUCCUGGCGGAUGGACGACGAGCCAGACCGCUUGAGCAACCGUCUGCUGGAGUACGACCCUGAGACAAACAAGUGGACAGAGCUUGGUCCCAUGAAGUACUCCAAGUACCGCUGUGGUGCUGUGGCACUCAAUGGAGAGAUCUACGUGAUGGGAGGUAUCGGCUGUGAGGGGGUCGAUCAUGGGCAGUCCCGUCGUUGCCUUGAUGCUGUGGAAAUCUACAACCCUGAUGGAAACUUCUGGAGGGAUGGGCCUACUAUGCCUUCACCACAGCUAUCCCUACGCAGCAAUGCCUCCAACGCCGCGGUGGUGGGGGGCAAGCUUUAUGUCUGUGGAUACUACAAGGGGGCGGAUCGUCAUGAAGACAUAAUCAAGGACAUCCUGGAACUAGACCCGUGGGAGAACCGCUGGACCAUUGUGGCCCGCCGCGUUCUGAUGCAUGAUGCCUACGACGUCUGCUUGGUGGCAAGCCUCAAUCCACGGGAGCUCAUGUCUCCCCCGGCAGACCUAGUAACUCAGUGACGUUCACCUGCCCUAAGGUCUAAUCUUCUUAGCUAAGAG